AGACGCAGUUGGACAAGAGAGACCCUUCACGAAAUGCUGUCCUCAAUCGUUACAAACACCACAAAAAUCUCAUCUUUCAACGUUAGUUUUAAGAAACCACCAUCUUUUCCAUCCAAUGUUUCACCUUGCUCUCAUGAAUUCUCUCUCCUUUCCCUUUCUUUAUCAGGAAUUUGCAGGGCUAGUCAAGUUGUUGAUUUGUUUCCAACCGUGUCCCCUGAAGUUAUUGUCCGUGAGGCAAAAUUAGAGGACUAUUGGGGAGUGGCAGAGACUCACUGCAACUGCUUCUUCCCUGAAUAUUCAUUUCCAUUAGAUUUUGCGUUGCGGAUAGAUAGAUUAGUGGUGGCUAUGUUAGCAGCUAUGUUAGCUGGAUUCUUUAGGCCAAGAGAUUGCAGAAGAAUAUGUUUGGUGGCUGCUAUUGGCAGCUCAAUUGAUGGCAAAUUCAACCUCAACAAGGGAUAUGUGGCUGGUAUAUUAACAGUAGACAAUGUUGCAGACUUUCUACCGAGAAAGGGGCCGCGGCGACAUAGAAGGACUGGAAUUGCAUACAUAUCAAACGUGGCAGUUAGGGAAAAUUUUCGGAGGAAGGGAAUAGCAAAACAAUUGAUAGCAAAGGCAGAAUCUCAGGCCAGAAAUUGGGGCUGUCGUGCUAUUGCAUUGCAUUGUGAUUUGGACAAUCCUAUGGCCACAAUGUUAUACCAAGGCCAAGGUUACAAAUGUAUUAAGGUGCCAGAAGGAGCAAAGUGGCCUCAGCCAAAGACCUCACCAGAUAUCAGAUUCAACUUCAUGAUGAAACUUCUCAAAAACUAAGAAGCUUCUAUUUAGACAUUUCAGGAGGAAGUAUUAUAUACUGUACAACAUAUUAUUAUUAUAAAAAUAGCAUAAGAAGUGUUUGAAGGGAACUCUGUUAUUUGAAUUUGUAUAUAAUGUAAAUACAUGAAUUACAUAGAAAUUGCAUGUUUGAAUUC